UAGAAGAAUAUCAACGUCAUAUGUCAGUUCUCUUACUGUGUUAAUAUGAGCAAUUGAUUCGUAAAUAAAAAUUAAUAAAACUUAACAUACUAUGCGCCGUGUUUUUGUUUACAAGCGGUAUUACUCACAAUAUUUUAAAAAUGUGAAGAGGAUUGUGUGGUACAUAUACUACACAUUUUAGAAGAACCAAUGUGCACGAACGUCGCUCUGGUGGAUAGACUAGAAUGCUAUAUGGACGAGCUGGUCGGCAACUUCGAAGAUUUCGUCAAGAAAUCACUUGUUAUAAUCACAAUCGCCGUAGGCGGAGUGAUUGCUGUCCUGAUAUACGCACUGAAAGUUAUAAAUGACAGACAACUGGAGUCAAUUCCGUCAAGAUAUUCGACACAAUUUCAUGCAACUAAAAGUACAAGCAAAACCGGCAAGUGCAGCAAAAAUUGCAAGAGUAUUGUACUGCAAACAUCUAAAAGCAUUCCAAAGAGUGAUAAAUUUGCUAAUACAGAACGUAUAUCACGAGAUCCCAGUAAUGACGAGACAAUAUUGAGCUCUAUUGCACUGUCGACAUGUAGCAAGAGUUGCCCUUCAAGUUCUAGAUCAUUGGUGCGAAAAGCCUCUCCUGCUAGACUGACGAUUCCUAGCUUACCUACAAAUUAUACCAACCGCCGUCUCUCUCCAGCACGAGUCUGCCCAAAAUUAGUGACAACAAAAAAGUCUUGCUGCUCGUUGUGUUGUGCUGAUGACGACAGGCGAUAAUGUACCCUAUUGAUUAAAGAAACAGUGUAUAUAACUUUUGCUUCUGGUGAAUACUGUUGUGAUAAAAGAAGCAGGCGCAUAGAAUGUUUAGAGAUUGUGACGUUUUCGUUUAGGUUUGAAUUAAAAUUUUGUAUGUGGUAUUGUCAUGUCGGAAAUAAAUAAUUUUUAUAUGUU